AUGCCUCUAGACUCAAACUCUCCUCUACUCCCCAUCUCCACCCCUACAGCCAUCGCAUCGCCAUACGAGCAACAACCGCCACCAGCCCCCGCCGCAAACCAUGUCCAGCGCUUUGCCAUCGCGACAUUUUCUCUCGCUCGCUUCGUCCGCGGCGUCUCGCUAAUAGCAUACCCUCGCUUCGGCCUCUGGGCCCUCGACAUCUCCCCGGAUGGCUCAGCCUACAUGCUCGCCAGCAUGAUUGGCAUCCGCGACAUUUUGCUGGCUGGUCUUUUAUACACCAGCGACACGGCCAACGCCUCUGUCGACCACUCUGCUCGUCGCGAAGUUACCCGCGCUCUUGCUACAAAUCUCUUUAGCGAUGCGCUCGACGCUUUUGUGCUUAUUUUCUACGCUGCGUGGUCCGACGACUGGGGUAAUCCGAUCGCCGUCAUCGUCAUCUCGGCUGUAAUGGCCAUCUUUGAGCACUUGACGCUCUGGAGUUUCAGCGAGGAUGAUUGGAUGGCGCAUGAGCAUGGCAGUCUGGGCGAUGACAAGAAAGCAAGAAUGAAUGCGUGGCUGAGGGAGUUGGAGCAAUGCGGCCCCGAAACAUAUCGACACGAGCAGUCUGUUCCACCUUCGUCGCGAGCUUCGUUUCGGGGGUAUGGAGCUUUGGUUUGA